AUGGCUGACGAAGUUUACGACGGUGCCGUUGGCAUUGAUCUGGGUACCACCUACUCCUGCGUUGCUACAUACGAGGGCAACAAUGUCGAGAUCAUUGCCAACGAGCAGGGUUCUUUCACCACCCCUUCUUUCGUUUCCUUCACCGACAAGGAGCGUCUGAUUGGUGAGGCUGCCAAGAACAAUGCUGCCAUGAACCCCCGCAACACCGUCUUCGAUGCUAAGCGUCUCAUCGGUCGCCGCUACGACGACCCCAACGUCAAGAAGGAUAUCGAGUCUUGGCCCUUCAAGAUCGUCGAUGACAACGGCAGCCCCAGAAUCGAGGUUGAGUACCUCGGUGAGACCAAGACCUUCUCCGCCCAGGAGAUCUCCGCCAUGAUGAAGGAGAUUGCUGAGGUCAAGCUCGGCAAGAAGGUUGAGAAGGCUGUCAUCACUGUCCCUGCCUACUUCAACGACAACCAGCGUCAGGCUACCAAGGAUGCUGGUGCCAUUGCUGGUCUCAACGUCCUCCGUAUCAUCAACGAGCCUACCGCCGCCGCUAUCGCCUACGGUCUUGGCUCCAACAAGUCCAACAAGGAGCGUAACGUCCUGAUCUACGAUCUUGGCGGUGGUACUUUCGAUGUCUCCCUCCUCAACAUCCAGGGUGGUGUCUUCACCGUCAAGGCUACUGCCGGUGACACCCAUCUCGGUGGACAGGAUUUCGACACCAACCUCCUCGACCACUGCAAGAAGGACUUCAACCGCAAGACCAAGGCCGAUCUCUCCGGUGACGCCCGUGCCCUCCGUCGUCUCCGUACUGCUUGCGAGCGUGCCAAGCGUACUCUGUCCAGCGGUGCCCAGGCCACCAUUGAGAUCGACAGUCUUUUCGAGGGCCAUGACUACAGCGUCACCAUCACCCGUGCUCGUUUCGAAGAGCUCAACGCCAAGGCCUUCAAUGGCACUAUUGAGCCUGUUGCCCAGGUCCUCAAGGAUGCUUCUAUCGACAAGAAGGCCGUUGACGAGAUUGUCCUCGUCGGUGGUUCCACCCGUAUCCCCCGUAUCCAGAAGCUUCUGUCCGAGUUCUUCGACGGCAAGAAGCUCGAGAAGAGCAUCAACCCCGAUGAGGCCGUUGCCUACGGUGCCGCCGUCCAGGCUGGUAUCCUCUCUGGCAAGGCUACCUCUGCCGAGACUGCUGACCUCCUUCUCCUGGAUGUCUGCCCUCUCUCCCUUGGUGUUGCCAUGGAGGGUAACAUCUUCGCCCCUGUCGUGCCCCGUGGCCAGACCGUUCCCUGCUUGAAGAAGCGCACAUUCACUACCGUCGCGGAUAACCAAGCCUCGGUACAAUUCCCCGUUUACCAAGGAGAGCGUGUUAACUGCGAAGACAACACCUCCCUGGGUGAAUUCACCCUCGCUCCUAUCCCCCCUAUGCGUGCCGGUGAGGCCGUCCUCGAGUGUGUCUUCGAGGUCGACGUCAACGGUAUCCUCAAGGUUACUGCCACUGAGAAGAGCUCUGGCCGCAGUGCCAACAUCACAAUUGCCAACUCUGUCGGCAAGCUCUCCGCCGGUGAGAUCGAGAAGAUGAUCAACGACGCCGAGGAGUUCAAGAGCAACGACGAGGCUUUCAGCAAGAAGUUCGAGGCCAAGCAGCAGCUCGAGUCUUACAUUGGUCGUGUUGAGGAGAUCGUCACCGACCCCACUCUGGCCCUGAAGCUGAAGCGUGGCCAGAAGGAGAAGAUUGAGCAGACCAUCAGCGAGGCUAUGGCUGCUCUGGAGAUCGGCGACAGCACCGCUGAGGACCUCAAGAAGCAGGAGCUCGCCCUCAAGCGUCUCGUCACCAAGGCCAUGUCCUCCCGAUAA